AUGGAGGUAGGAUACAUCAUAGAGACUCAAGUGGUUGAUCAUCUUGGUGAGGAUGUUUCAAAUGAUCAACUGAACACAUAUGAGCUGUGGUCGACUGAUGAUAUGAAGAUUCGUUGUUACAUGCUUGCUUCUAUGAACAAUGAGUUGCAGAAGCAACAUGAGAACAUGAAGAGCGCUCAUGAGAUAUUGAAGAAUCUCGGGGAGCUUUACGGGGAAAAUAGUAGGACCACACGAUAUGAGAUAACGAAGGAAUUGUUCCAUGCGAGAAUGCAAGAAGGGACUGAUGUUGGAGCUCAUGUGCAAAGAAUGAUUAGGCUUAUUCAGCAGCUUGAGAAACUCGAGUUCCGGAUAGAUAGAGGACUUUAUGCGGAUUUAGUCAUCCAGUCUCUUCCGGAUUCUUUCUAA